CCAGUCACAGCAUACCUAUCCAGUCACAGCAUACCUAUCCAGUCACAGCAUACCUAUCCAGUCACAGCAUACCUAUCCAGUCACAGCAUACAGUCACAGCAUACCUAUCCAGUCACAACAUACCUAUCCAGUCACAGCAUACCUAUCCAGUCACAGCAUACCUAUCCAGUCGCAGCAUACCUAUCCAGUCACAGACAUGAGAGAAGUGCCAGGAAAACAAAGCACAGGUGCAGCCCAGGCGGUCAACUCCCAGAGAUCUAAAGGCUAGAGGCACAGAUACACAGGUAUAAAAGAACCACAGACUAAACCCAGUCUCAUACAGAGACCAAGACAUGAUGAAGCUGCUACUGCUGGCCUUGGCUUUGGGAUGUGCAGCGGCUGUUCCAGUAAAGGAGGAUGGAGCGUUGUUGCAGGAAGUUUGCCAACCCCACUCCAGACCCUGGCAGGUCUACCUGUGGAACACUAAGGUGGGCUGGUAUGGGGAGGAAAGGUGUAGUGGUGCCCUCAUCAACGAGUGGUGGGUGCUUACCGCCUGGAACUGCUUUGUCGAACCUGGCCACACUAUGGUUUCUCUGGGGGAGCAUGACCUGACAGUGGAGGAAGGGACAGAGCAACACAUCUGGGUGGCCAGAUAUAUGCAGAGGAAGAGCCAGAAUCAGGACCAGGACCAGGACCAGGACCAGACAUCCACCAUCAACUAA